CAAUCUCGUGUUGCGAGCGAUUGCCAAUCUCUCACAUUUGAAUGCUGCUAUAUCGUUAUUUUAAUUAUAUUUAUAUUAGUAUAUUAUUUUGUUUUCAAAAAUAUACACGAGUCUAAAUACCCUAUCAGAGCGUCAAAUCUAGCAAGAUGCGACUACCAUCAAUGUCAACUUUGCAAAAGAUUGCUAUUUACGGUGGGAUACUGUCACUUGGCGGAUCUGGUAUUAUGUACACAAAGAUACAAGAUAAUUUAGUGUCUGGAUCAUAUUAUAGAAAAUCUAUGAUUAUUCUAAGUGAGCACAAACAAUCUGUGGAAAUGUUGGGUGCACCUAUCAAAAGUAGAUAUUUAGAUUUGGGUGACAAGUUCAACAGAGUUAAUGGACUUAGUUGUACAAUGAAGAUACCAGUCAAAGGAAGAAAAUCAAAUGGUACAUUAUAUAGCUGGGCAAUGAGGAACUCACCUGACAAAGACUGGGACAUCUUAAAACUACAAUUGCAGCUAGAAAACUCAUCAAAGAUCAUCACAAUCUACCCCAAAACUGAGAAGGAAUUAGACAAGUAAUAUAUGUAACAUAGCUAAACUGUACACAAAAACAACUUUACAACAACAACUGUGUGCAUGGCUGGAUAUCACAGACACUCAGCAUCAUGAGCUAGUCACAAGUCAUAGAGAAUGGACUACGGAUAUGUCAACUUUUCUACUUUAUUUCAUGCAAAUUCAAUGCAUGAUUAGAAUAAAAUAAGUGAAGACUGAGUUGGCUGGUGACACAUGUAUGGACCAUUUC